AUGAAUCCACGCCCAACUCCUCUUCCCACACCACCCCCCUCACCCCAGCCUGGGCCGCAGCCAGGUCCUCAGCCAGGUCCUCAACCGGGACCUCAGCCUGGACCCCAACCGGGACCUCAACCAGGACCCCAACCAGGACCUCAGCCGGGACCGCAGCCAGGUCCUCAGUCAGGGCCACAGCCAGCACCGCAGCCGCCCCAAUCAGUUCAAACUGCAUUUGAAAUCAGUUUCGAUGAAGAUCCCUCGAGCCAGUCUGGUUCCAUCGGUCAAGAUGCAGAGGCACAAGCACCCCCGGGCCCCAACCCACCUCCGCCCACCUCAACCUCCACUCCAACCACGAACCCCAGUCAAAUCCUCACUGCAAAGUCUGCCGUGGCAUCCGCAGCCAAAGAGCUACGCUUGAUCCGCAAGAUGUUUGAGCCCGAAGAAGGCGAAGUGUUAUCGAGUCGGGCGGUUCCUCCAGAAGAGCAAGGCGGCAGCAGUAGCAGUGGCAGCAACGGGGACCCGUCCACUCUCUGGCGCGAGUUCGAGAAUCUCGAAGUUCACGCCGCUAGAGGGGUGGUCAUGGAGGUAGGAGUGUUGAAGAACCUUCUGAAGCAGUUGGAGAUUUUACUGGAAAAUGCGCGAAGCCAGUUGAUUGAAAUGGAGGCGCAGAAAGCACUGUUGGAGACGUUGCUCGCGAUCUCGAAAUAUCGGGGGGAGGUAGAGGUUUCAAGUUCAAAGAAGGGUUAA